GCGAGAACCUUUCGUCGUGAACGGACGUGUAUUCCAUUGUUGCGGCUAAAUAACGCGAACGAAAGAAUAAUAGCAACAAACUUGUUUGAUCUGAGGCAAAAUUAGUGUUCGCAUAAAGUCCAAAAAGAUCCGGAGUGUGUGAAGAGUGAAUACAAUCAAUCAAGUGCACUAACAAUCCACGUGCACUGCGAGAAUGCAGCGCUGGUGAGCUGGGUUAGACGGAGGCGAUAAGCAGAGCUCGGAAAGCCAACGAAAGUCAAGAACAAAACACGCCGACGAUUGACAAGCGAAGAACGUGCAGAGCAGCAACAGCAGAAGAAGAGGCAGAGAGCACGCUCAGAUGGCGCUGCAGAGCCGGCUCGGAGCCGGACGCGGUGGCCGGGUAAUGAGCUAUACGAACUACGCCCUGCUGAUGGCCACAGUGCUGCUGGUGUUAAUCUCAGCGCAUGUCAAAAGCGCCAAGCUGCAUGAGGAGCCGCAGUUGAGUAACGUUGCCAUUGACAAGGCUGAGCGUGACAACAACAACAACAACAACAAGAACAACAACGAUGACAGCAACAACAACAACAACAACGAGUUCGUCAAAGAGCACGUGAAAGACGCAGCUGCCAUUCAUCCUUAUCAUCAGCAUGUCCACGGGCAGCACAAGCCUCACUUGCACCAUGUGUCACAGCUGAACAAUCGUCGCGCCUAUCACAGCAAAUACAGCAUCGAGCAGCUGCUGCACAUGCAUGUGACACCGAAAGUAUCCAACGAUAUCGAUAUGGACCCCUGCAAGGCGGGUGAGUAGUAUCCCAGUUAUUCG